AUGGAGGUUGGUACGCCGCUGACCAAAGAAUAUCUCGUCUUUAGGUCGUUCCCCAGGCUGUUGUGGCUGCCCGUACUUCAGGACUGGCUUCCCUGGCUCGCAUUUGAAGUAGAAAAUUCUCUGACAGCACCAGGUCGGAUGGUUGAAUGGCCUCAAAGCUCUGAAGGGAUGGAGCAGCUUGUGUUCUGGCUAAUAACGUUUCCUGGUAUUCCACUGGAGACGUUGAUGUUCCAAACGCCCAUUUAUGUGUGGCACUCGGUUAUUUGGGCAUUCCGGGUAUGGAGGCACCUUUAUAAGAAAAAAGAAGUGAAGCUAGGAACUCGUGGGUACGAAGCUGGAUUCGCAAUGCCCCCAACCCGUAGCACGAGAUACCUUACUGAGAGCAUGAAGGUACACAGUCAGUUGUGGUGUGCUGCCAGUAGUGGUGGUGGUGUUGGUGGUGGCGGUGGUGGUGGUGCAGGGAGCGGAGGUGGCGGUGGUGGUGCGUUACCCAUGCCGCUGGGGGCCCCGAGGCGGCGGCUCCUGGCCGCUCUGCUGCUGGCCGGGCUGGCUGGACUUGCGCUUGGCUGCGGCCCAGGCAGGGGUGGCGGCCGUCGGCCGAUACUGCGCAAGCUCACGCCCCUUGUCUUCAAACAGCACGUGCCCAACGUCAGCGAGAACACCCUACCGGCGAGCGGCCGUAGCGAGGGCAGGGUGUCGCGCAACGAUAAGCGCUUCCGCGAUCUCGUGCCCAACUACAACGCGGACAUUAUAUUCAAGGACGAGGAGGGCACGGGCGCCGAUCGGCUUAUGACCCAGAGGUGCAAGGAAAAGCUGAACACGCUGGCGAUCUCGGUGAUGAAUCAGUGGCCAGGAGUCAAGCUGCGGGUGACGGAAGGCUGGGACGAGGAGGGCAAGCACGCGACGGAUUCGCUGCACUACGAGGGCCGGGCCGUAGACGUAACGACAAGCGACCGCGAUCGCGCCAAGUACGGCAUGCUCGCCCGGCUGGCCGUCGAGGCUGGUUUCGACUGGGUCUACUAUGAGUCCAGGUCACAUAUACACUGUUCCGUCAAGUCAGAAUCGUCGUCGGCCGGCAAGUCAGGAGGCUGCUUCCCAGGCUCGAGUUUCGUGCGCACCUCGGACGGCAGGACGCGCCGAUUGGACGAGGUACGACUGGGCGACAAAGUAGCCGCGCUGGACCGCUCGAGCGGCGAGGUCGUCUACAGCGAGGUGAUCGCGUUCAUCGACCGACAACCGGACGCCCGCCGACAAUACAUGCGCCUGACGACGACCUCCGGCCACGUGCUCAAACUGACCCCGCAGCACCUGGUGCCCCUCGAAGGCAAGGAACCCGCGUUCGCCGCCAGCGUUGUGCCCGGGGAUCGGCUGCUGGUCAGGCACGAGCUCGACAGCAACGAGAUCGACGCGAGCUUCAGCAGCAGCGCCGCCGGACUGGCGCUCCGCUGGGAGGAGGUCCUCGAGGUCGAGCUGAUCGUCGAAGAAGGCGCUUUCGCGCCGCUCACCUACGAGGGCACGCUUCUCGUGAACGACGUCGUCGCCUCCUGCUACGCGGUGUCGAAGAGCGACAGCCUCGCGCACUACGCCUUUAUGCCGUACAGGCUGCUGGCGAUGGUGGAGUCGAGCAUCGGGAAACUGGCCCAGGUCUUGCACGACCUGGUCUGGAGCGUAGCGAGCGAUGCACCGACGACAACGGAAACGAGGAGUUCGACGACGACGACGACGACGACCGUGGCAAGCGAUGGCUUGCAUUGGUACGCCUCGUUUCUGUGCUACUUGGCGACCAUUCUGCCCCAGAGCUGGUUCUACCAGUGAAGUGCCACUCGAGGU